AGCUUGAAGUAGUUGUUUUUGAAUAAAUUUCAUUUUAUCAAAAUGGAUAUUGACCUUCGAAAGUGUAUAACCUUGAAGCAUUUUCAAGAAAGCAAUAAAACGGACACAUGGAAUAUAUACUUUGUGAUCGAAUUUCUGACAUAAGAUUUAGUAAGUUUAUUAUUAUUAUUAUUCGUAAUAAUCCUUUCGGCAUGCAGUAUGCUCAGAGUUCUAAGAUAUAGCGCGUUUUUUACAGCAAAAUUAUAUAGAUAUAUAUUCAAUAACUGUUUAUUACUAUUUAAAUUUAUUUAACUUAAGCAUGACAUUUUUUGAAGUUUUUAAUAACACUGACGUUGCCUUAUGGUCAAGUCAUUUUGAUACUGAUUUCAAUUGGUUUGUUUUUCUCAGCAUUGAAUACAAUGAUUGGUUCAUGAAAAAAUAUGCUUUAGUUUAAUGAACUUCUAUUUGACUCAUUUUUUCUUUGUUUAAACCCCAAUAAGUUAAUUCAACAAUACCACUGCUUUCAUUUCAAUUACAAAGCCAAUGGAUCGCAACGAACUCAACAAGCUCCUCACCAAGCUCAAAAAUCAGACAGACGAAUUUAUAAAUUGCGCCAAUCUCAAUUUGAACGACAAUAAUCUGAAUAUUAUCCUUGCCUUUUUUGAAAAUGCACCCUUUACAGCCAAGUCUCUUGACUUUUCCGAUAAUAAGAUUACUUCUAUUGGUGCUCAGGAGCUAACCAAAUUUAUUGGUAACUACCCAAUAAAUGAGGUGAAGCUUUGUAAUAAUUUAAUUGAUGAAGAUGGAUGUAAGUCAUUGCUUUCUUUAUUUACCAAAGAUCAGAAUUUAUCUACAUGUGAAUUAUCUGGGAAUCCUUGUCCUGAGCAUUACAUUCUUCGUAUUCACUUUCUUGCUAAAGGCCGUGCUUACCCAGCGUCAUUGAGAACCGCUCUUCUUACGAACUCUGCAGAAAAAGUAUCUUUCGUCGGCAUGAAAUACUUGGAUAUGAAUACGCGCAUUCUUAAAUAUGUCAUUCAGGGCCUUUUUAAUUUGAAGGAAGUAGAUUUUUCUGGAACAGGCUUAGGCGAUAAUGGAAUAAUUGAAGUUGCGCUCUUUUUAAAAGACUCCCAAAUCGAAUCAGUCAUAAUGAACGAUUGCAGAAUUACUGAUGUUGGACUUGAAGAAUUUAUAAAAUCGGCUGAUCUUCAAAACCACCUCACAUUAAAGCGUAUUGAUUUCAGUGAUAACAAGGGCAUCAGCAAUAUCUUCGCGCAACGCAUUCCCUCAUUGGUAUUCAACACAAACUCAACACUUAUCUUAUGGGAUCUUUCAGGUACUGAUAUUAAGAAGGAUACUAAGAUGGCAAUUGAAAGCGAGUGCAAGCUAAACUUGCAGCCAAAGUUGAUAAAAGAUGCUGUUGUUUCCCUUCGUACUCGUUCACCUGCAGCAACUGAAAUUAACUUUCAGUGGGUGAAAGAUGUGCCUCAAUGCGUACAUUUUUUGUGGCCAUACAUUCGCGAUAGCGUCGACAUUGUAACCCUGAAUUUGAGCAACGUUGGUCUCAAGGAUGCCGAUAUGUCACUUCUUGCACAAGCGCUUUCCGUAAAUACUUCACUACGCGUUCUUGAGCUUGCUAAUAACAAUCUGACCUUUGCGGGCAUUAAGGCCCUAUUUUCAGCCUUUCAGAAAAAAGAGUGUAGUUUAAUGGAGAUCAACUUGGCAAACAAUAACCUUUUGGAUGAUUCUGCCGCCCUCAUCAUAUCGGUUCUUCGUGCAAAUUCACAAAUUAAAUUUAUGAAUGUGAAUGUGAACCCUCAAAUUUCUGAGGCCAAUAUCAGGGAAAUUGUUGGACUUAUUUGUAUCAACCGUUCUCCACCCCUCUUGCGCUCCAUAUUGGUGAAUUUAGAAAAUAAUUCUGAAGACACUGAGGAAAUUGACCUUUCUAUGCAAGAUGUUACGAUCAACGAUCAGUCUUUGGGUCUUCUAAGUCGAGCACUUCAACAAAACUCUACUGUCACAAAAUUAAAUAUUUCAAACAAUAUUAUUGGUGACGUUGGUGCAUUUUUUUUCGCUGAAGCCUUAACGAUGAACAAAACUUUGGCAGAAGUUAACUUGGUAAAUAAUUCAAUUGGUAACCGUGGUGUUGAAAAGUUAUGUGAAGUCUUAUAUGUAAAUGCUACUUUAAAAUUUUUGGAUUUAUCGAAUAACCUAUUUGGGUAUGAUGGAGUGAAAGAAUUCCCAGAAAUGCUGCGUGUCAACAAUUCACUAAGGACUUUGAGUAUGAGUCGAACCCGUGUCCCUGAAGAUUUCUCUAUUACUAUUCAACGUGCGUGUGAUCUUAACCGUGAUGCCCCUGAAGUGAAAAAUAUUUUUUACAGGCUACAGGACUCAGAUGAAACGUUGAGCAAAAUUGAACUUUCAGAAGUUCACAGGGAGUGGCCUUUGGACGAUGUUUCAAUGGCAGUUCUAUGCCACGCGAUGUGCGGUAAGCCCUUUGUGGGUCUCCUCGAUUUAAGAGGAAAUAACAUUGGAAACAAAGGAUGUAGACAUUUACAGAGCGUAUUGGUUGAUGAAAACUGCAAUAUUUUUUGCCUGAAUCUCUCAAAAAAUCCUAUUGACGACGAUGGCUUUUCUGAGCUGAUGAAGGUGCUUCCUGAUAACAACUCUCUGUCGUACUUGGACGUAUCCGAAACAAACAUUACCAUCACAGCCAUGGAAUAUGCAAUUUCUGCUCUUAAGAAGAACAAUUGCCUUCGAACUAUUAUUAUUGAUGAACAUAUUGUUGGAGAUAUUGUGAAGGAAAUGAAUCGCCUUCUUGCUAUUAAUCGUGAGCCUUAUGCUUUAAAGGAAGUUUUAUGCCGAGAUGACAUGGAGUGUCCAGUUUUGGAUGUCGAUUUUCAUGGCCAAGACCUUGGUGAUUCAGCCUGUGAACUUUUCUGUCAAGCUUUUGCUCAUAACGACACUCUGCGCUUUGUUGAUUUUUCUCACAACUGCUUAACUUCAGAAUCCGUGAAAUUUGUCAACGCUCUAAUUGCUACAUGCACAAGUCUUGAAGCCUUGAACCUAUCCUACAAUGAGAUUGAUAAUUCUGGCGCAAAAGAACUUAUUAAAUGUUUGGAAAACGUCCCUCAUCUUCGUUUUAUUGAUAUGAAGAACAACCUGUUAUCGAAUGACAACGAGGAGCAUAUUUCAUAUUUGGUUAAGCUUAACACUGGGUCUUUGAAACUUAAACAAAUUCUUCUUAAACGUGAAUGUGGAGGAGAGUUGGAUGAGAUGAUUAACUUGAACGGUAAAAGCAAUAAGUACAACCUUACAGAUGACGAGGUUUUGACACUAGCUGCAACACUCAGCAGUGUAACGAGCGUUCGUGCCUUGGAUUUGGGAAACAACAGUAUUACCGAUGUAGGAUGUGUCGCACUUGCAGAGGUUCUUCGAAACAAUCAUUCAAUAGAGGCACUGUAUUUAGAUCAGAAUCCUCUCGGCGCGGCCGCUGGUGAAGCUUUAUUUUACGCCCUUAAAAUUAACCCACAACUUCAUACACUUAUCCUUGAGGGUACUCAAGUUCCGGAAGAAAUAUUGGAAGAUAUUGAUUCUCUUUUACAUGUUAACCAGACACCACUAAAGGACCGAAUUAAUAUGCGCGACGUUCCUUUGGAGGAUCUCAGCGAUACGGUGCAGUUCAGAUCAACUGACUACUAUACCUCACAGGCUUACAACGUCGAGCGCGAUGCACUAUACGGGUUGUGCAAGCCUGCAUUAAUAAAGAAUUGA